AUGUUGUGUGAAUGUAAAUUAUUAUGUCAAAAAAAUAAACAUGGCAAUGAUAAUGGCAAUGAUAAUGGCAAUGAUAAUGGCAAUGAUAAUGGCAAUGAUAAUGGCAAUGAUAAUGGCAAUGAUAAUGGCAAUGAUAAUGGCAAUGAUAAUGGCAAUGAUAAUGGCAAUGAUAAUGGCAAUGAUAAUGGCAAUGAUAAUGGCAAUGAUAAUGGCAAUGAUAAUGGCAAUGAUAAUGGCAAUGAUAAUGGCAAUGAUAAUGGCAAUGAUAAUGGCAAUGAUAAUGGCAAUGAUAAUGGCAAUGAUAAUGGCAAUGAUAAUGGCAAUGAUAAUGCCAAUGAUAAUGGCAAUGAUAAUGGCAAUGAUAAUGCCAAUGAUAAUGGCAAUGAUAAUGGCAAUGAUAAUGGCAAUGAUAAUGGCAAUGAUAAUGGCAAUGAUAAUGGCAAUGAUAAUGGCAAUGAUAAUGCCAAUGAUAAUGGCAAUGAUAAUGUCCAAGUUAAUGGCAAUAAUAAUGACAAAAAUAAUUAUUAUAAUGAAAAUAUAAAUGUCAAUAAUAGUACCCUGGGAAAAAUUUGGUGCAUCGCUUGCCCUAAACGAAAAAUUUCUAUAUUCAAUUUACGUCAUAUUUAA